UCUGACGUAAGCACGCUGCUGCACGGUGUUUCUGACGAGACUUCCUUAAAGUAAAAAAAAAAAGAUCGCUGUAGGUUUGUCGGGGAGGUGGUCUUGGCCCACGGUCGUGGUAUUAGCAUUUGGACUUCGAGAAACGCUCCAUAAUAAGUAUGACGAGAGGAAACCAGCGCGAGCUUGCCCGUGCGAAAAAUGCCAAAAAAAAUGAUGGCAAGGGAAAGCCUAAGGAAGACGGGCUGUCAGCAGCUGCGCGCAAGCAAAGAGAUGCAGAGAUAAUGCAGCAGAAGCAGAAAGCGGCGGCAAAAGAGAAGCCGGCUGGGCAAGGGAAGUAGCCACGGCAGGAGGGGGCAGCUACAACACCUAAUCAGUGAAAAAACAACCCUUCAGUCUGAAACUCUUGUCACGACAAUGGAUUCCCAUCAUGUCCCGGCUCUUAAAGAGUAGGCUAAGUCCUCGUGUCUCCGAUUCAAAUCCAGGCUUGCCCCGUAUAUUUCUCCACCCUCUGGUGGACCAAAGGAUUUUUUUCUCCCUUUUUUUGAGUUCUUGUCAACUACAUCUGGCAAUGGAUCCUUUGAGCAAAAUACUGGUGGUAGAACUAAUGUAUACCUGCGUACACAAAGGUUUUUUUUGUAUCAAUAUGUAUCCAGUCAAAUAAAGUAUAGGCUUUCUAAUUCA